AUGAAUCACGAUCCAUACUCUUGGGGUAGACCAUCCAAUGACACCUAUGGUCCAUACAAUUACAAAAUUGCUCAUGCCAAUAACAAUCAAGUCGAACAGACUACCCAUAACUUCCCUAAAAUGAAUACUCAACAACCAAUAAUUACUGGUACUUCAGUGAUUGCUUCUAAGUUCAAGAACGGGGUGAUAAUGGCUGCAGACCAUGUUGGAUCGUACGGUUCAUUAUUGCGAUUCAAUAACAUUGAACGAUUGAUAAAAGUAGGCAAGGAAACUGUUGUUGGUAUUUCUGGAGACAUUUCUGAUUUGCAGUAUAUUGUCAGAUUGUUGGAUGAAUUGGAAAUUGAGGAAGAGGUUUAUGAUAAUGAUGGGGGCGAUUAUUUAAGAGCGCCCAAUGUGCAUGAAUAUUUAUCAAGAGUUUUAUAUAAUCGAAGAUCCAAGAUGAAUCCGUUAUGGAAUGCCGUCAUUGUUGGUGGGUUUAAUAAGGAUCGUACUCCAUUUUUGAAAUACGUUGAUUUAUUGGGGGUUACUUACCAUGCCAGUACCAUAGCCACAGGGUUUGGAUCACAUUUGGCUAUCCCAUUGUUGAGAAAUUUGAUCCCUGAAGAUAAGGAUUAUGUUAAAGUUGAUGAACAACAAGUUAGUAAAGCCGUAGAAGAUUCUAUGAAAGUUUUGUUUUAUCGUGAUGCUAGAUCUGGUGAGAAUUAUUCGGUGGUGAUAAUUAAGAUUGAUGAAAAUACAGGUGAAUUAAACUUUCAAUUUAUUAAGGAUGCCCAAGUUCAAAAUCAAAGUUGGAAAUUUGCUGGGGAUAUUAGAGGAUAUGGUAGUGCACAACAAUAG